AUGGAGCUUUUGAUUGAUGAAGGUCGACAACGUAGGGCUCUUUGGGAUAUAGGCUUUGAGGACUACGGAAAUUCAGAUUUGAAAGAGAAGUUCUGGAUUGAAAUUGCCUCCAACCUUGGAAAAGAUAGGACUGUUAAAAAUGAGUGGAGAAAAUUGAAAGAUUGCCAUCGCCAAGCCGUCAACAGGAAAAAAACCAAAAGUGGUCAAGCCGCUAGCAAAGUUAAACCGUGGAGGUUCGAAAAGCAAAUGGAAUUCAUACUUGCAGUGAUGUCUCACAGGACGGGUAAAACUAACGUCCCACCACUUGAUGACAACAAUAUUUCAGUCAAUAAUGUGGAAGUCAACAUUGAAGAGGAGUUGAUAGAUCAAGGAGACAACGAAGAACAUUUCGGAUUACUCGAAGAUGGACAAGAAUGUAGUGAGGCAACCACUUCUGCCAACUCACGCCACCGACCACCGAGGGGUGAAGACAAGAUUUUAAAUUUUCUGAGAAGUAAAGAACAAAGAAAACGUUCAGCACCCGUUGCCGAUGAAUUGGAUUUGUUUUUUGCGAGUGUUUGCAAAACUACUCGACGUCUCCCUCGCCACCUUCAAAUACGGAUUAAACGACAAGUAAUUAAUACCAUCAUGGAGGCUGAAGAAGAAUAUGAGUUAUCGAACUCUUUGCACUCUCCUUCCCUCCUACUAACGCCAUCCCCGGUCGCUAAUUCAUGCGCUUCGACUGACAAUGGCAUAAGAGGUUCUCCGUCUUCCACUAGCCAGCCCUCUUCAAACAUCUACUACCGCCCCGAAACAGAACAACAGUAUCAAGCCUUGUAA